GUCAAUAUCCCAAUAACUACCGUGUUUAACAAUAUCGCUACUGGCUCUCUGACACCCGGUGCGUGAUUAACCGAUGGCCAACGAGGGUGCUGGCUCUCUGCAACAGGAUGCCAGUCCAGGUUCUUCUGCUCGGCCAGAGCCUUAUCCUCGCCCAAGUCCAGCCCGCUAUGCCUCCACACCUUCGUUUGAGAGCCCUCAGAGACAUCAUCGCCGUAAUCCAAUAGCCCGGCGUCCUGUGAAGGAAACUCUCAAUGCUCGGUCAGAAUAUACUCUCAGCCAAGAUGAUGGCACUGCGGAGCAUAGAAUCAACCAAUAUGUGAUUAAGCAGGAGAUUGGCCGCGGCUCGUUUGGUGCGGUGCAUGUUGCUGUUGACCAGUAUGGAAAUGAAUAUGCUGUCAAAGAGUUUUCCAAGGCGCGUCUAAGAAAACGCGCAAAAUCGCAACUUCUGAGACAGUCUCGAGGUCCAAAACGUCCAGCAGAUGGCCUAAACUCCCCUUUUCAUCGCCAGGGACCGGGACUUGGAGACGAAGAGAUGAAAAAUGCUCUCUAUUUUAUCAAAGAAGAAAUUGCCAUUAUGAAGAAGUUACACCACAACAAUCUAGUAUCCUUGAUAGAGGUACUGGACGACCCGACCCAAGAUUCUCUAUAUAUGGUCAUGGAGAUGUGCAAGAAGGGCGUGGUCAUGAAGGUCACUCUCGAAGAGAGGGCGGAUCCCUACGAUGACGAGCGUUGUCGCUGCUGGUUUCGUGACCUCAUUUUGGGCAUUGAGUAUUUACAUGCCCAGGGUAUCGUCCACCGUGAUAUCAAGCCCGACAACUGCCUGAUAACGAACGAUGAUGUUCUCAAAGUUGUCGAUUUUGGCGUAUCAGAAAUGUUCGAAAAGAAUUCGGACAUGUUUACGGCCAAAUCUGCUGGAUCUCCUUCCUUUCUGCCACCGGAACUCUGCGUUGUUAAGCACGGCGAUGUAUCUGGAAAGGCGGCGGAUAUAUGGUCCAUGGGCGUGACCUUGUAUUGUUUGCGCUACGGCAAGCUUCCUUUCGAGGAGCACAGCAUUAUCGAACUCUACGAUGCCAUAAAAAACCGCCCGAUUGUUUGCGACGGCGAAACUGACGAAGUUUUUAAAGAUUUGAUGUUGCGAAUUUUGGAAAAAGACCCUGCGAAAAGAAUACAGAUGGACGAGCUGAGGGAGCAUCCCUGGGUGACGAAGAAUGGCAUGGAUCCUUUACUGCCAAAGAGUGAGAAUACGGCAGAAAUAGUCGACCUUCCUACAGAAGAGGAAAUGAACUCCGCAAUCACAAAAAAUUUUGGCCAUGUCUUAGCCGUGAUGAAAGCUGCGAAGAAAUUUAAAAGCCUUCUUGGCCCGACUCGAGCUUCUACACCCAUACAAAGUAUCCUCGGCCAAGAAUACGAGACGCACUUUGUGGAACCUCCUACGCAAAUGGAUCCUGAGGAGAGCGUAUCCUUGCCUAGUCCUUUACCAUACAAAAAAACCCAAAGUUUGAACACUUAUAACCGGAGAGCUUGGGAGCGUGACGAUGUUGUUAAAGGAUAUCACCCGCAGCGGCGGGAAGCUCUCCCUUGUCCUGCGCCAGAGAGCGGCGAAUCGGGUUCUGCGUACAGCUCUAUUUUAAACAGACCAACAAGGAAAGAUUCCGGCUCAAUACGAAGUGUCAAAAUUAGGGACGACCCAAUCGACGAUUUGCAGUCACAGUCAUCGCAGAUCCCGCUCUCACGCACUAGCUCGACGACCACCAAACGCAGCAUAGAAGGCACACGAGGACACGCACGAGAUCCCCUGGAAGAAGACUGCCCAUUCUUAUUCAUCGGACCUUCCACUUUCACUGGUUCAGCCCCGAUAGACAUCAACAGCACCGACGUAUCCCCCAAGCCCCUAAAUUCAAACGUCCCAAUGGUUGGGGCCGAGACAGAUCCCACAGAACCUGACUAUCCUGUCGUGAGCGAAUCACCAGGCGCCGCCGACUUCGAUAUAUACGAAACGGCGUACCGACAGGAAAUUGAGCGCAUUCGAGCAGAUACCCUUCCAGGAAAAGAAGGCAAGGGCAGCGUACCCAUGGUUUACUUGACUCGCCGUGUAGAUGGGAAAGACGAGUUGAUGAAACUAGUAAGAGAGACCACCAUGAGCGAGCCGGCCCUUGGAAUUGGGGCUAAAGUCGCUGUCCCUCAAGACAGCGGCUUCCGCUCUGCAGUUAGCAUUAUCAGGACUCAGUUGGAGCAGGGAAGACAUGAGAGGCAGCAACAGCAAAGCCAGGAGCUGGGGUCCCUAAACGUGUCGGAAACUUCAGACGUCGAGACUUCAGCUUCGACCCAAGAGGGAGCUACAGCGUCCACCGCCGCAACUGGCACUGAGUCUUUACAAUCAGAUGGCCAAAGAGGCAGGCUACGUAGUUUACUCACCCGUGCCAAGCUCAGUCGGAGUCCGUAAAUAGGGCAACCAAAGAGGAUUAUUCUUCUGUGACAUAUACGAUUUACAUAGACCUGAAUACCAUUCUCUACAACGGC